AAAUCAUGAUUUUCUACAUUCUUUUCCUGUUACCUCUGGUCUCCGGGCAAUGGGGUACCCCUCCACCAAUUGUCACUAAUGAGCAAUGUCAAGUGGAAUACAAAUCGAUAAUGAAUUGUGUUAGGAAUCCACGUCUUUUCACAAGAAUUGAUGAAAUUCCCCGUCCUGAGAAAUCAGAAAAUCUUGCACUAAUCGAAGAAGUCACUCACGUCCUAGAUUGUUCUGGAUUCUUAAAUUGCAAUAGUUCAAGAAUUUUGCAGUCAUAUUUGUUCAAUCAACGUUGGAUUCUAGACGUACUUCAUGGAAAACUGGAGCCAUGUCUUGGGAAUGGAGUUUUACGCAAGAUUUUUGAUUCUUGUGAUCCUGCUCCAAGUUACAAGAAUUUCAAGAAAUUCGAUGAUGAUGAUUGCAAUAGGAUUACUGUGUACCUACCUUGCUUUGUGAACGAACUGAAAAACCAGCCAACUUGCAAAAUCAGUGAUGUAAAUCUAUUCAAACGAAUGAUUUUUGCAAUGAGAUCCGGUUGUGUGAUGGGCCAUCAAAUGAAAAUUGAGUUCGACAACUAUGGAAUUAUUGAAAAUUCAUUUUAACUUAAAUCUUGUUACAAUAAAUGUGUGCUCAAUGCCAUGCAAUAUAUUUGAAUUAUUUAAACCGAAAUACUAAUGUUUACAAUUAACUUGUUCAUAUUUUCAAUAAGUUCAGUUUCUAACUUUUGUAAUGAUGAAAAUUAUCAUGAGAUUAAUAAAAGGCGGUUUCAAAUUACAUUCAUUUGGAAACUAU